GGAAGGAGCUGCCCCGCGGGCAUCGGCCGCCGAAGUAGUGGAGCAGGAGGAGCAGGAGCAGCAGCGACCUGGGAGCUGAGCGCUGGUCGAGUACGAGGCACAUUUCUCCGAAAAUGUAAAGGAUAUACAGUAACGCCGCUGCCUUUCUGACGGGAGUAAUUACACCCCGCCUCCCCCCCGACCCUCAACGUUUCCUUUGAGAAGGAAAGCUUCAUUCCGAGGACGGGCAGGCAUCUGUCUGGGAGAAUGUCGCCCGUCGGAGUCAACGGUGACUGUCCGCACCUGGAGUGUGUGGGUGAGAUCACUAAAGAGGAGCUGAUCCAGAAAUCCCAUGGCAAAUGCCAGGACUGUAAAGUUGGUGGACCAAACUUGUGGGCUUGUUUGGAGAAUGGCUGUACAUAUGUGGGAUGUGGAGAGUCGCACGCUGACCACAGCACCGGUCACUCUCAGGACGCUCGGCACAACCUGACGGUGAACCUGACCACCCUGCGCGUGUGGUGCUACGCCUGCGGGAAGGAGGUGUUUCUGGAGAGGAAGCUGGGGCCCCGCUCCCCAGCCCCGUCGGCCAAGCCCCAUUCCCCCUUGCACACCUGCAGCCAGGAUGUGAAAGUCCCUGGGAGCCCCGGAUUGAGGAUUCCCCAGGCAGCUGUCUGUGAUGACCUAGAUACAGAGAUGGAAGAGGAGGAUGAGUUCAGAACGAGAGGCCUCACCGGAUUAAAGAACAUUGGGAACACGUGCUAUAUGAACGCAGCUCUUCAGGCACUUUCGAACUGCCCACCGCUCACCCAGUUUUUCCUCGACUGCGGAGGUCUCGUGAGGACGGAGAAGAAGCCUGCUCUGUGCAAGACCUAUCAGAAGCUGGUCUCGGACAUUUGGCACAAAAACAGGCCUGGGUAUGUAGUGCCAACAAGUUUAUUCCAGGGAAUAAAAGCAAUCAAUCCGUUGUUCCGCGGAUAUUCACAGCAGGAUUCCCAGGAGUUCCUGCGCUGCCUGAUGGACCAGCUGCACGAGGAGCUGAAGGAGGUCCUGGUGGAGCCCGACGAGCCCUCCUCGCCCGCCCUCACCCCCGGCGACGGCCCGGAGGACGACCGGGGCCAGUCCGACAACGACUUCCAGUCCUGCGAGUCGUGCGGCGGCAGCGACCGGGCCGAGGGCGAGGCCAAGCCCGGCGCGGAGGAGCCCGGCGAGGUGGCGAUGCUCAUCCCCGAGGAGGAGGUGCCCCCCGCGGCGAGCGGCAGGGGCCGGCAGAAGGAGAAGAACCGCGGCAGCAGGCCGUGCCGGGCCGGCUCCUCCGGGGACGUGGACAAGGACAUCGACACCGCGGCCGAGCCCGCCGCCGCCGUCAUCAGCAGCCAGGGGGCGGUCAAGGUGCCCAUGCAGGGCCGGGCCUCAGACUGCUACCCGGACGUUCCGGCUUCGUUCGGCUCCUCCCGAUCGCACAGCCCCACGCCGAAUGAAGGAAUCAACGCCAAGCUGUCCAGCAGUCCUCCUAAAACUGGCCCCGUGUGGUCAGGCCUGGCCCCUUCACACAAGAAAGUUCCGCCGUUCUCGCUGCCCAAGAACAAGACGCAGAAGAAGUACCGCAGCGUGAUCUCGGACGUGUUUGAUGGCACAAUUGUCAGCUCUGUGCAGUGCCUGACCUGUGAUCGGGUGUCCGUUACUCUGGAAACCUUCCAGGACAUCUCCCUGCCGAUCCCUGGGAAAGAGGAUCUGGCAAAGCUGCACUCCUCCUCGCACCAGACCUCCCUGGUCAAAGCCGGCUCAUGUGGGGAAGCUUAUGCGCCUCAGGGCUGGAUAGCUUUCGUCAUGGAAUAUAUCAAAAGUUGGUUUUGGGGUCCGGUUGUUACACUGCAAGACUGCUUAGCUGCCUUUUUUGCAAGAGAUGAGCUAAAAGGGGAUAACAUGUACAGCUGUGAGAAGUGCAAAAAGUUAAGAAAUGGAGUGAAAUUUUGCAAAGUACAGAGUCUUCCAGAGGUCUUGUGCAUCCACCUGAAGAGAUUCAGGCACGAGCUCAUGUUCUCCACCAAAAUCGGCACCCACGUUUCCUUCCCCCUGGAGGGGCUGGACAUGCAGCCCUUCCUGGCCAAAGACAGCACGGCGCAGACCACCAGCUACGACCUGCUCUCGGUCAUCUGCCACCAUGGCACCGCCAGCAGUGGUCACUACAUAGCAUAUUGCAGGAAUGACCUCAAUGGCCUGUGGUACGAGUUUGAUGACCAGAGUGUUACUGAGGUUUCAGAGGUGACUGUCCAAAACGCUGAAGCCUACGUCCUGUUUUACAAGAAGAGCAACGAAGAGGCUCAGAAGGAGAGGCGGAGAGUGUCCAAUCUCCUGAGCAUGCUGGAGCCCAGCCUGCUGCAGUUCUACAUCUCCAGACAGUGGCUCAGCAAGUUCAAGACCUUUGCGGAGCCGGGAUCGAUUUGCAACAACGACUUCCUGUGCUCCCACGGAGGUGUGCCACCUCACAAAGCUUCCUACAUCGAGGACCUUGUUUUAAUGCUUCCCCAGAAUGUCUGGGAAUAUCUGUACAGCAGGUAUGGUGGAGGUCCAGCUGUUAACCAUCUUUAUGUGUGUCACACGUGCCAGACUGAGAUAGAGAAGCUCGAAAAAAGAAGAAAAACAGAGCUGGAUAUGUUUGUUCGGCUGAACAAAGCCUUCCAGGAAGAGGAAGCCCCCGCAGUCAUUUACUGCAUCAGCAUGCAGUGGUUCAGAGAGUGGGAGGGCUUCGUCAAAGGCAAGGACAAUGAUCCUCCUGGGCCGAUUGAUAACACCAAGAUCGCUGUGAAUAAGAAUGGGCACAUCACACUGAAACAAGGGGCGGAUUCGGGACAGAUCUCCGAAGAAACCUGGAACUUCUUGCAAUCGAUCUACGGGGGGGGCCCGGACGUGACUCUGCGGCCGAGCGUUGCGCACCAGGACUCCGAGCUCUCCCAUGCAGAAGAGAAGAUAGAGGUGGAGACCCGUUCUGUGUAAUUCCUGCGCCGCGAGAGAAAAUAAACGCACCCCUUUUUUUGUACUCGACAAGCAUUUUUUUAAAGCAAAAGGCAUUUGUGGAAGGAUGUCGUCAUUUUUCUUUUUUUAAAUUAUAUGGGCAUUGUUAUUUUUGACAAUCGAUGGAAUAAGUACAUGACAAAAGAAGAACUGUAUUUGUAUAGAAGUUUCUUUUGCCACUGAAGACAGUAGUUAGUCUAACAGGCUGUGAUUAAACAAGUGUGUUGACCUACUGUGCAGCAGAAGAAAUUAUAAAUGGUCUUUUUUUGUAAAUCAAUUAGAUUAAAAACCAGCCCUUGUAUUUAAACCCCAAUUAUGUACUUCAAACUGUAAAAAAUGCAAUGCAUACAAUAGUAGUCAUUUUAGAAGUAAAUCUCUUUAUGAAAUACUGUCUUAGAGUGGUUAAAAAACCAAAAAUGGAUAGCUAAAAGGUUUUCAAAAAUGACACAAAUUUUAAGGUUAUCAAGGGAUACUAAGUACUUACCAAGUAGUCUCAGGAAAGAACUGUUUUGCACUGUAUUGUGGACAAAGAAACAGCAUGCUCACACAAGUGAUGCCUGAUAUAUUUUGAAUGUACCAGUACAUGAAGUACUUAUGUUAAGUCCUACUGUUUUAUUUUUAUUUAUCCUAUAAUGGAUUAAAUCUAAUAAGUUGUCUUUUGUGAGAAGCACGGCAGCUCAAGGGCGGGGCUAUAAGGAAAGGCUGUGCACAAAAGAGAACAGGUUUUAAACAGGUUUGUACUUUUACAACUUUGAUUGCAUUCGUCUGCAUGUAAAUGCAACAUAAUGUACACUUAAGCAAAGACUUUCUGUCCCGUCUGUGAAGAUAUAUGUACAGAAUACAUAAUGAUUUAUUCAGAUCCAGGGAUUUUUAUUUGAUGCUAUUUUGGAAAAAAAGGCAUUCUUUUAUGUUCAUGGGCAUGAUGGUUUUCUGUGUUAGGAAGCUGGAAAGGUGCUCUUUUGUACUUGGGGGGGAAAGAUACACAUGGAAUGCUUCAUAACAGGUAAAUACAGUAUGUUCUGUCUUUGGUUGAUGCUAUUAUAACCUUUAAAAUAUCUGAAAACCAAGCUCUUCAAUAAAUCGUGUGAUCAGA